AUGAUUCUUUCGUACAUCUUUGGCCUGCUGGUUGCCACAUCCGGCUUGGCCAAGGCCGUCAACAUCACCGGCUAUGAAUAUGUCAUUGUCGGUUCUGGUGCUGGCGGUGGUCCCCUCGCUGCCCGUCUCGCCCUGGCUGGCCACAAGACACUGCUCCUUGAGGCUGGCGAUGACCAGGGUGAGAACUACAACUACACCAUUCCAGCCUACUCCGCCAGAGCCUCCGAAGAUGAGAAGCUCUCCUGGAACUUCUUCGUCCACCACUAUGAGGACGAGGAACGUCAGGCUCGUGACUGGAAGGCCAGCUACGAUACCCCCGACGGUGAUAUCUACACCGGUCUGAACCCCCCCGAGGGCUCGACCCUGAAGGGAACUCUCUACCCUCGUACUGGUACCCUUGGUGGCUGUACCGCCCACAAUGCCCUGAUUGCUGUGUACCCUCACCAGUCUGACUUCGAAUAUAUCGAGAAGAUCACCGGUGACAACGGCUGGACCCCCGAGAACAUGCGCAAGCACUUCACCAAGCUGGAGAACAACGGUUACUCUCUGCCCGCCCAGGAAGGCCACGGGUACGAUGGCUGGCUAUCGACCGAGACCGCUCCCCUCAGCAUUGUCUUGAAGGAUACCCAGCUGCUCAGCAUGCUCACUGGUGGUGCUUUCGCUCUCGGUAACCUGACUGACAACAUCAUGAACAUUGGCACUCUCCUGCUUGGUGACGCCAACGCCGACAAGAAGACCCGUGACACCGAACCCGGCUACUACCAGAUCCCCAUCUCCACCGACGAUGCCCACCGUAACGGUCCCCGUGAAUUCAUCAUCGAGGUCCGUGAUGCCAAGAACGCCGAUGGCACCAAGAAGUACCCUCUCGAUGUCCGCAUGAACACCCACGUCACCAAGGUCGUCUUCGACGAGUCCGAGGAUCCUCCCCGCGCAACUGGUGUUGAGUUCCUCGACGGUGAGCACCUCUACAAGGCCAGCCCCAUGUCUCGCUCCGCUCUCCCCGGUACUCCUGGUUCCGCUACUGCCUCUCGUGAAGUCAUCGUUGCUGGUGGUGUCUACAACUCCCCUCAGAUUCUUAAGCUGAGUGGUAUUGGACCCGCCGAGGAGCUGGAGAAGUUCGACAUCAAGGUUAUCAAGGAUCUUCCCGGUGUCGGCACCAACCUCCAGGACCACUACGAGAUUUCCGUCCAGGGUAAGAUCGAGGAGGACUUCUCCUGCUUGGACAAGUGUACCUUCAGCAUUCGCGACCAGGAAGACCCUUGCAUCAACGACUGGGAGUCUCCCGUUCUCGGUGACCGCGGUAUCUACUCCUCCCCCGGUCUUGCCGCCACCAUGCUUUACAAGAGUUCCACUGCCGGCGACGACUUCGACAUAUUCGAGUUCGGUGGACCCGUCAACUUCCGCGGUUACUUCCCCGACUACAGCAUCAACGCCACCGACGAGCACAACUGGUUCACCUGGGCUAUCCUGAAGGCUCACCCCCGCAACACCGCCGGUACCGUCGCCCUCCAGUCCUCCGAUCCCCUUGAUAUGCCCAAGAUCACCUUCAACUACUUUGACACCGGUGUCGGCGACUACGAUGCCGAUCUCACUGCCCUCUACGAGGCCAUCGAGCUCGCCCGUGAUGCCUUCAAGCGUCAGCUCGUCAACAUCACCGAGGUCCUCCCCGGUGCCGACGUUCAGUCCAAGGAAGACGUCAAGGACUACGUCAAGAACGGCGCUUGGGGCCACCACGCCUCUUGCACCUGCCCCAUCGGUGCUGACAACGAUCCCAUGGCCGUCUUGGACUCCAAGUUCCGUGUCCGUGGUGUCUCCGGUCUCCGUGUUGUUGAUGCCUCCGUCUACCCCAGAAUCCCCGGUACUUUCACCGCCGUCUCCACCUACAUGGUUGCCGAGAAGGCCGCUGAGGACAUUCUGAACGGACUCAAGUCCGACUCUUAA